AUGUCUGACUGGGAUACUGUCACUGUCAUCGGCAAGAGUGCCCGCGGCGGCUCUGCUCCUCGUGAGACCGUCGUCAAGGGCCGUUCUGCCAUCAACGCCGCAGCACGAUCUGGCAUGAUCGUCGGCACAGAGAAGAAAUACGCCACAGGCAACUCUGCCAGCCGUCCAGCCGUCGAGGGCCAACAUCUGACGAAAGUCGACCGAUCAGACGAAAUCGUCAAGCCAAAGACCGUAGGCUACGAGGUCGGAGAUGCGAUUAAGCGCCGCCGCAACGAAGAAGGCAUCAAGCUAAGUCAAAAGGAGCUUGCCACGAAAUGCAACACCACCGUCUCUGUCAUUCAAGACUUUGAACGUGGAACCGCUGCACCCGACCAGAAGGUGUUGGCCGCCAUGGAGAGGGUGUUGAACGUCAAACUGCGUGGAUCGGGGAUUGGGCAGGAGAAGUUCCCUAAGAAGAAGUAAAUAGCUCUUUUUU